AUGGAUGGAGGGAAUCACUCGGUUGUGUCUGAGUUUGUGUUUCUGGGACUCACUCAUUCAUGGGAGAUCCAGCUUCUCCUCCUGGUGUUCUCCUCUGUGCUCUAUGUGGCAAGCAUGACCGGGAACAUCCUCAUUGUGUUCUCUGUGACCGUUGAUCCUCACUUGCAUUCCCCCAUGUACUUCCUACUGGCCAAUCUCUCUUUCAUUGACUUGGGAGCCUGCUCUGCCACCUCACCCAAGAUGAUUUAUGACCUUUUCAGAAAGCACAAAGUCAUCUCUUUUGGAGGCUGCAUCGCCCAGAUCUUCUUCAUCCACGUCAUUGGUGGUGUGGAGAUGGUGCUGCUCAUCGCCAUGGCCUUUGACAGAUAUGUUGCCAUCUGCAAGCCUCUCCACUACUUGACCAUCAUGAGCCCACGAAUGUGCAUUUUGUUUCUGGCUGCUGCCUGGGCCCUUGGUGUCAGUCACUCACUGUUCCAACUAGCAUUCAUUGUUAAUUUACCCUUCUGUGGUCCUAAUGUAUUGGACAGCUUUUACUGUGACCUUCCUCGGCUCCUCAGACUGGCCUGUACAGAUACCUACAGAUUGCAGUUCAUGGUCACUGUUAACAGUGGGUUUAUCUGUGUGGGUUCCUUCUUCAUACUCCUCAUCUCCUAUGUCAUCAUCCUUUUUUCUGUUUGGAAACAUUCCUCAGGUGGCUCAUCCAAAGCCGUUUCCACCCUGUCAGCUCACAUCACUGUGGUCCUUUUGUUUUUCGGUCCAACCAUGUUUGUCUAUACAUGGCCACAUCUCAGUUCCCAAAUGGACAAAUUUCUUGCCAUUUUUGAUGCAGUCAUCACUCCUUUUCUGAAUCCAGUCAUCUACACGCUCAGGAAUAAAGAGAUGAAGGCAGCAGUGAAGAGAACUUUCAGACCAUUAAUGAUUUUUAGGAAGAUUUCAUAA